AUUCAAUGCACAAUGUGCUUGCCCAGAAUGAGCAGAACACUUGUGAAAUGCUGACCAGUGGUAUACAACGGUGCUAUGCAAUUAUUGGAAUCAAGCUACCUGCAGAAAACAUCAAAAGUAUUAUGUCCGUCCCACUAGACUACUUGGAUACGUGCGAGAUGAACUUGGAACAGUUUUUCGUCUGUUACGAAAGUAUUAUUCUAAUGUGUCCAAAUUAUCUUGACGCUAAUCCACUGAUGAUGAGUAAGCGGUCCCUACAGUCAGUGAUGUUUGGGCUGUGUGAAAACAAAGAAAUAUACUUACAAGGUUUGGAAUGUGCGGAAAAGAAAAGUAAUAAAUUUCAUCUUUACAUGCAAAACUGCUUUGGAUUACGCCAUUUUGGAAAUGCAGUAGAUGCUCGUGCUGCGCGAAACUGGACCGGGUUUUGUGGAUCUAUAGCCACAGAAUUCAGCUGCGCCGAGACAAUAUUGAAAGCGUUUGAGUGCGGGGAAGAUUUUUUGAGAGUAUCCAUGCAGUUUCUACAUGCUAUUCAGCCAACUGUUUGUAUGGACAACUCUAUUUAUUGGGAUUGGGUUCGGAGAUUCGGUGGAAAUGGAGUAUCUACACUGUAUUCGUCAUCUCUUUUACUAGUCUUGAUAUUGUUUCCCCUGCUUUUUUUGAUUCGUUAGAUACAGUUUUAAGCGUAUGGUUGGAAACAUCAGAUUAAAUCAAUCAUUUUCAGUGUAUAUUGUAAAAAACGUAUUAACCUGUAAAUUGCUUGAAUGUUGAAUAUAAAUUGCUUGAGUCGGGUAGAAAAAAAAUCAUGACGCCAAAAUACAUUGCGUUUAGAGUAAAAGAAAAA